UACCUCUGCGCUUUUGAAAUCAGCAUCUUCACGCUUUAGCCGACUGGUCAUAAUUCUGAGCAAUAGGGCUGACUGGUUUUUUCUCCGUCCUUGGUUUCGAUAUAUAAAUCCUCCAACCAUGGGACUCAGGAAUACUUUGCUGUUCAUAGCCACAUUUGGCCUCGCGACCUCGGCCCUGCAAUUACCAUCUCCAGCAUUUCUAUUCGCAAACCCGGAGCCACAGCAUGCAACCGGCUUCAAGAUCCCCACCAUCCACGAAUCAGCCGUGCAGGCACGCCGUAUUCUCCAUCUCGAAACCAUCGGUACACUAUCCACCAUCUUCCCAACAGCGCACAGUACCGAGAAUCGGCCUUCAGAUGUGAGCGGCACGCCCAUUGGUUUGAUGGAUUAUUUUGGCGACUGCGAGCCCGGUUCCGGAAACCCUACCAUCCUCGCCAUAUCAAUCGCCACCUCUUUCAAGAACGUCGCUGCAGGCUCCAACAUCACCUUGUCGCUCCGGUGGCAUGCUCCCUACAAUCGCCCUUAUAGCGCUGCUGCUGUUCCCCGCUUUUCGCUCAUAGGCCAUCUUGAAGAGCUCUCUGCUGAGGAAGUCCGCGAGCAGAACGUUGCCGCUUGUUUCGUCAAAUACCACCCCGAUGCUGUGUCGUGGCUGCCAGGGAAUAGAAUUCACGAGAGCAAAUGGGUCAGGUUGGUUGUUGAGGAGGUUUACUGGAUCGGUGGCUUCGGAGAUCGGGCAUACAUCGGCUGGAUUCCUCUCAACGAGUGGCAGAAUGUUACCGCAGAAGAGAUUAAAGAUUGCAAGCUGCCGGGCGAGAAGACUGGUUGGGCCUCGUGGAUUCCCCAUUUCGGCUUUGGUCAGGGACAAGUCCAAGAAGCUAUUGAAUUGUGA